UUUAGGGUUUAUCGAAAUAUUUCUUCCAGGUAGAUGUCUAGCCUGGGGCGCCCUCCAGAUCCCAUCGCGGUGCUCAGGGCGCACAGAUCGUGCGUGAAUGCCGUCGCGUUUCACGGCGCCAAGCUCCUCCUCUCCGGUGACACAAAUGGCGAGCUACGGAUUUGGGAUGUUAGUCGCAGAAGGACGAUCGCUUCGUGCCAAGCACACAGUCCCAAGGCUGGAGUGAUUGGAAUUGGCACUAGCGGGCUUAUGGAGAACAAAGUUCUAAGCCAAGGACGCGAUGGCACUGUCAAAUGCUGGCAGCUAGGUGAAGCAAGCUUAUCAAGGGAACCUCUGGUCACAAUCAGAACGAAUGCGUAUCAUUUUUGCAAGCUCUCGCCUUUGAGAGUGUCUACUGCUCCUGUCAUUACUGAAGUUGCCCUGGAAGAGAACGACAAUGUGGAGCACAAUCUUAUAGCUCGAAAUCUUUCAGGAAAGUCUCUCGUGGCCAUUGCUGGCGAGGAGCCCUCGAUUGCUGAAAUCUGGGACGUCGAUGCGGGUGUUCGUGUGGAGCGGCUGCAUCAUCAUCACGAUACGAAAGGCUCAGGAAUGUGUAUGGCGCUCGAGCUAUUUGUACCACCUGAGCUAGACGGGACACCCAACGCACUCGUUGGGUACGAGGAUGGAAGCAUGGCAUUAUGGGACAUGAGAAACUGUCGUUCUCCUCGUACUACUGCUCGUUUUCACACGGAACCUGUGUUGAGCCUUGCGCUGGAUGAUUGGUGCCGAGGUGGAAUGUCCGGUGCGGCUGACGAGAAAACGGUGUUUUUCAACAUUGACUACAAGCAGAACGCGUUUGCGUCGAUACUGGAAGUAAACCACGGACGGCCUGGUAUUGGAGACGUCGCAGUUCGUCCAGACUGUAAGAUCGCUGCCACUGCUGGAUGGGAUAACCGCGUCCGGAUAUAUGAUUAUCAACGCAGGCGCGCUCUAGCGAUUCUCAAGUAUCAUUCAUCAUCGGUGACUGGAGUUGCGUUCUCCAGCGACAACGCUUUGCUAGCUUCAUCAUCUCAAGAUUCGUGCAUCGCACUGUGGUCAUUAUACCCGCCGUAAAGCUACGAUUCCAGCAAGUAUGGCUAAGCAUGAAAUCUUCGUCCGGAGAAGAAGAAGAUGAAGAAAAAAAAAGAAUGCUCGAAGUACACCACCAAAUUCCUCGAUUGAGACGGGGAUUGGUAAGAAUUUAGACGAAAGAGAGAGGAAAAGAAAAGGAAUGGGAGCUUUCAGUGUAGCGUGAAGUAUCUUCUUGGUAGCUCGAGUGCGGCGCAGCCGUAAUCGUGGCCGUCGGAUCUCCAUAAUGUCGAGCGUUUGAGCCGUCCGAUUAGA